CGGAAACACAACAACAGCUGCUGACAGGUCACAAGUCUAGCUUGAUCUUGGUCGGAUUGCAUCUAUCGAUAAAGCGCUUAUUAAUAUAGAUAUAUUCCGAUCGUGAAUCGUAAACGCUCAGUAGCAACUACAGCCGGGCCAGCAGCAGGGGUGCAAUGGGGAACCAGCUGGCAGGCAUCGCCCCAUCUCAGAUCUUGUCCGUGGACAGCUACUUCUCGGACAUCCACGACCAUGAGUAUGACAAGAGUCUGGGCAGCACGCGCUUCUUCAAGGUGGCUCGAGCCAAACACCGCGAGGGCCUGGUGGUAGUCAAGGUUUUUGCCAUCCAGGACCCCUCUCUACCGCUAACCAGCUACAAGCAGGAACUGGAGGAGCUGAAGAUCUACCUGCACUCCUGCCAGAACUGCCUGCCCUUUCAGAAGACCUCCCUGACAGAGAAGGCCGCCAUUUUGUUUCGCCAGUAUGUCCGGGACAACCUUUAUGACCGCAUCAGCACCCGGCCUUUCCUCAACAACGUUGAGAAGCGCUGGCUGGCCUUCCAGAUCCUCAAUGCCGUGGACCAGGCGCACAAGGUCGGCGUGCGCCACGGUGACAUAAAGACUGAGAAUAUCAUGGUGACCAGCUGGAACUGGGUGUUGCUCACCGACUUUGCCAGCUUCAAGCCCACCUACUUGCCAGAGGACAACCCUGCCGACUUCAACUACUUCUUUGAUACAUCCAGGCGCAGGACGUGCUACAUUGCUCCUGAGCGCUUUGUGGAUGGUAGCAUGUUUGCCACAGAGAGCGACCAGAACACGCCUCUGGUGGACCUCACAAACAACAACCAGAGGAGCAGAGGAGAGCUCAAGCAGGCCAUGGACAUCUUCUCUGCAGGCUGUGUGAUUGCCGAGCUCUUCACAGAGGGCGUCCCACUCUUCGACCUGUCCCAGCUCCUGGCGUACCGUAAAGGUCAUUUCCAGACAGAGCAGGUCCUGGAGAAGAUCGAGGAUCACAGCAUCCGACAGCUGGUGGCUCAGAUGGUUCAGAGGGAACCGGAGCGACGCCUGGCGGCGGAGGACUACCUGAAACAGCAGAGAGGCAAAGCAUUCCCCGACAUCUUCUACACCUUCCUGCAGCCUUACAUGGCACAGUUUGCUAAGGAGACCUUCCAGUCGGCUGAUGAGCGGGUGCUUAUUAUUCGCAAGGACCUGGACAACAUCCUUCACAACCUGCGAGGCACGUCAUGUCCCCCUCAGGAGGUUGACGAGGGUGUUGCGAACACGAAGGAGCAGCAGGGCCUCAUCGUGCUGACAUCCGUCAUCACUUCCUGCCUGCAGACGCUUCGCUCCUGCGACUCCAAGCUGGCCGCGCUCGAGCUCAUCCUCCACCUGGCGCCGCGGUUGGGUGUCGAUAUCCUGCUGGACCGCGUUGUGCCGUACCUGCUGCACUUCUGCAAUGACCAUGUACCGCGUGUGCGUGCCCAGGCCGUGCGCACUCUCACCAAAGUGUUGGCGCUGGUCAAGGAGGUGCCACGCAACGACGUUAACAUCUACCCAGAGUACAUCCUACCUGGCAUCGCCCACCUCGCUCAGGACGACGCCACCAUCGUCCGUCUGGCCUACGCAGAGAAUGUGGCGCACCUGGCAGAGAGCGCACUCCGCUUCUUAGAGUUGGUGCAGGAAAACAACGUGAACACAGAGCAUGAUGCCUGCGGCGAGGAUGUCGAGGAAACGCUGCACCCUAAUGAGAACUACGACUCAGAGCUGCAGGCGCUUCAUGAGAUGGUGCAGCAGAAGGUGGUGACGCUGCUGAGCGACUCUGAGAACGUGGUGAAGCAGUCCCUGAUGGAGAACGGCAUCACGCGACUCUGUGUCUUCUUUGGCCGCCAGAAGGCCAAUGAUGUGCUGCUGUCGCACAUGAUCACGUUUCUCAACGACAAGAACGACUGGCAUCUGCGGGGGGCCUUCUUUGAUAGCAUUGUUGGCGUGGCGGCAUACGUAGGCUGGCAGAGCUCCUCCAUCUUGAAGCCGCUCCUCCAACAGGGUCUGAGCGACACAGAGGAGUUUGUCAUCUACAAAGCUCUAAACGCGCUCAUGUGCAUGUGCCAGCUUGGUCUGCUGCAGAAACCUCACAUCUACGAGUUUGUCGCUGACAUCGCGCCUUUUCUGUGUCACCCCAACCUGUGGAUCCGUUACGGUGCGGUGGGCUUCGUCACGGUGGUCGCUCAGCACCUCAACGUGGCCGAUGUCUACUGCAAGCUGAUGCCGCACCUCAACCCGUUCAUCACGCAGCCCAUCAUCCAGAUCGACAAAGAACUGGUCCUGUUGAGCGUCCUGAAGGAGCCGCUGAGCCGCUCCAUCUUUGACUAUGCGCUGCGAUCCAAAGACAUCUCCAGCCUCUUUCGCCACCUGCUGCUGCGGCAGAAGAAGCGUGCAGGAUCCAUCCCAGAAUGUCCGCCUCCUGAAGACCCGGCUAUUGCUCAGCUCCUCAAGAAGCUACUCUCACAGGGGAUGACAGAGUCGGAGGAGGACAAGCUACUGGCGCUGCGAGACUUCAUGCUCAAGUCCAACAAGGCCAAAGCCAACAUGGGUGAGCAGACUCACCUGGGGGAUGCCGCCCAGACAGGAGUUAUUGACCUGGCCAUGCUUGGCAUCACCGGGCGUCAAGUAGACCUGGCUAAGCCCAAAGGCGAGGUUGACGACAAGCGAGUGAGGAAGCACACCAAGCAGGACUCCAUUAUGAAUGAGGAGUGGAAGAGUAUGUUUGGAUCUCAGGAGACCGCCACUGCUACGCCAACACCCACGGCGACUGACGGGCCAGCGAGUCAAACCCGAAGGAGUACUGCGUCCCCGGCGGUCCAUGUGCUCCAGUCGGUGACGAGUGGCCCCUCUUACCAGCGCCGCAUGAACACAUGCAAGACAGAGCUUCAGCAGCUGGUGCAGCAAAAGCGGGACCAGUGCAGCGCAGAGCGCAUGGCGAAAGAAAUCAUGGAGAGCGCCGAGUGGGAGAGUCGACCUCCGCCACCCGGGUGGCACCCUAAGGGGCUGCUGGUCGCCCAUCUUCACGAACACAAAGCUGCCGUCAACCGCAUCCGAGUCUCAGACGAACACGCCAUCUUCGCCACGGCGUCCAAUGACGGCACGGUCAAAGUGUGGGAUAGUCAAAAGAUGGAGGGAAAGACCACCACGACAAGGUCGGUGUUCACCUACUCGCGUAUUGGCGGUCACGUCAAGACGUUGGCCUUCUGUCAGGGGUCGCAUUACUUGGCUGUGGCGUCGGACAACGGAUCCAUCCAGCUGCUAGCGGUGGAAGCCAACAAGCCACCAAAAUCCCCCAAAGUUCAACCCUUUCAGACUAGGUCUCUGGAUCUCCAGGAGGACGGCUGUGCGGUGGACAUCCACCAUUUCAACUCUGGCGCUCAGACCGUGCUGGCGUACGCCACUGUCAACGGCUCGCUGGUUGGCUGGGACCUUCGCUCCAACUCCAACGCCUGGACGCUUCGCCACGAUCUCCGUCUGGGACUCAUCACCUCCUUCAGCGUGGACAUGCACCAGUGCUGGCUUUGUCUCGGGACAAGCAGCGGCACCAUGGCAUGCUGGGACAUGCGUUUCCAGCUCCCUAUCUCUAACCACACCCACCCCGCACGUGCACGAAUCAGACGGCUACUUAUGCACCCGCUGUACCAGUCGUCUGUCAUCGCAGCCGUCCAGGGCAACAAUGAAGUGUCUAUGUGGGACAUGGAGACAGGAGACCGCAAAUUCACACUGUGGGCCAGUUCAGCACCUCCACUGUCUGAGCUGCAGCCUUCUCCUCACAGCGUGCACGGCAUCUACUGCAGUCCGGCUGACGGGAACCCGCUCCUAUUGACGGCCGGCUCCGACAUGCGGAUCAGGUUCUGGGAUUUGGUAUACCCGGAGAGGUCCUACAUCGUGGCGGGCGGAGCCAACGAUUCCCUGCACUGCCCGUCUGUCCUUUACAGCAGGAAGAUCAUUGAAGGAACCGAAGUGGUGCAGGAGAUCCACAGCAAACAGAAGAGCGGCGCCACGGAGGACUCGCCACGUCGCGGCCCUGAGUCGCUGCCCGUCGGACAUCAUGACAUCAUCACUGACAUCGCCACUUUCCAGACCACACAAGGCUUCAUUGUCACAUCAUCACGAGAUGGCAUCAUCAAAGUGUGGAAGUGACACACACACACACACACAUCUUGUACAUAGCCCUUGUAUGAAGUAGGAGUCAUGUGACCUGCACACCUCAAUAAAGGUAAUCAGCCACUAAAACAUGUUCAUCUUCACUUCCUGUAAUUGCCACAAGGGGGACACUUAACAUAUUGACUAGAUCCGAGCCCCCCGGGGCCACUGACCUGGGACACACAAGCUAGGAAGACAUGGAAUUAUUUUAUUGUUUUUUUUUCACGUACAAUUGGACUGUUUCUUUGGCAAAUUUAUCCUAAAAUAUUUCUAGUGACCUGAAGACGUUAAGUGGUAUAGAAAAUGGAUGGUUGUCUAAAAGUGAGUGUGGGAUUAAGGAAGUAUAAUACUAAUAUUAAAGACGUCAUGUUUUUCCUUAUGUUGAAGGAAAAUGUAACGCUCCUCCGUGUACGUGAAUGUAUGGAAAUGAGAAGUCCAUGACAUUUGAGGUUAAAUGUCCACGUGGAGCGGCACAAAUAUUUGGAUGUUUUUACGACGACAACAAAGAAAACAUUUUCAAGUUUAAACAAAAGUUCACACGCUCUGCAUUCAGGAUGUCUCGCUCAUGCACAGGUCUUCGCACUCGUCCUGCGUGUUGAAGCGGUUUUCGUUGCCGCCACAGCCGCCGUACCAAAAGCGCUCGCACUGGUUCUGUUGUUCGUUGUAGAACCACAUCAUGGUGUAGUUCUGACAGCUACCGACAUCCUGGCCCAGGAAACAGGCGUCUGCAUGGGAGUGCGGGACAGACAGGAUGUAAGGUCUUAUCGCUUGUGUUGUGCUUUUUAACGUUUCUUACCUUUGAAGAUGGUCGACUGCGUCCCGGCUGGAACGUUUCCAUCUGACACAAACAAAGGAUCAAAUGGGUCUGUUGGAGACACUUUCCAGUUCGAUUGACGGUGGGAGGAACUUACCGAACGCUCCGGCGGUUGGCAUGCUGACGGCGUCCAGAUGUCCUGUCUGCUCCUCGAACUGUUCCCGCUCUUCUGGCUGGUCGGCAAACUCCUCUACAAACUCCUGCCUGGACACAAAGUCACAUGAUCAUCAUGUUCACCUGGCUUGCGGCUCACAUGAUGUUAGCGUCUUACCCGCUGAUCAAGAUCUGCCCUCCAUCUUUACAGGUUUGUUUGACAGAUGGGGGCGGGUAUGUGUUCACACCCUCUGCAACACACACAUGCUUAUGUAGGUCGUUUAGGGAAAUAGAGGUACUAAAAGCAAGAUAAGUGACUUACUGUCGAGUGCGGACAUGAAGACUCGGAAGAAGCGGCGUGCAUAGUCCUGCUCAUGGGCUUUGAGGCGGUGCAAAUGGAGCAGGUGCUGCUGUGUAGGCGUGCUGGCUAGCUCCUCCACCUGCGUGCGGUUGUAGCGUUCACCAACCGUGACAACAAACAGCGCCACACCCUCACACUUGGCCUUGUGGGAGACGUAGCGCAGAGUUUCACGGUCCUCCAACGCCGUCUGGGUGCCGACCACCGCCAGCAAAACUUUCCUCUUGCGGGCGGGUCCGGCCUUCAGCAACACCUCCCUGAGACUCAGGUCUAGAGCAUGUCCGAGCGCUGAAGUGCCGCCCUGCUGAUGCAUGUUGCUCAGCAGGUGCGUCUUCAUCAGCUGCUGGUUCUGGUAGGCCUGGAGUCCAAAUUCCACCUUGGUGUUUCGGGUUCCGCUCUGCUGAACCACAGCCACACGGGCGCGGUUCCCGGCCUGGCGGGGUUGAGGGCUCACAGCCAGUUGUUCCACCACGGAACCCAACAACUGCUGGGCGCCGGCGUACUCAUCGGCCUGCAUCUCACGGGAACUGUCAACGACCACGACCACGUCUGCGUUCACUUCCUGUGGCUGAGACGUCUCCUGAAUGAAGGCACACUCCUGGGCUCGCCUGCAAGGGUCUGACCAAACAAACAGCGCCAUUUCCUGUAUUGUCGUCGAGGAGCUAGCUGAUGUGCUAACUGUGCAUCUUACCGUAACAAAUGGCGCAGUUCUUCACCUUCUUGAGGUCAGCGGCCGCGUCCCUGCCCAGCACGGAGAAAAUGGA